CUCGCCUUCCUCUCCUCAUCGAAACACCAGUAGUUCCCACCACCACCGCGGCGACUGCUCCGGCGAUCUCUCCGGCGAGUGACCAGGCGAACAAGGGCGCCGUUUCCGUCGAUUCAGGUAGAGGAGAUGAGUUCCGCGGGCGGCGGCGGCGGGAGGGGGAAGUCGAAGGGCUCCAAGUCGGUGUCGCGGUCGUCCAAGGCCGGCCUCCAGUUCCCCGUCGGCCGCAUCGCCAGGUACCUCAAGGCCGGCAAGUACGCCGAGCGCGUCGGCGCCGGCGCCCCCGUCUACCUCUCCGCCGUCCUCGAGUACCUCGCCGCCGAGGUGCUGGAGCUGGCGGGGAACGCGGCGAGGGACAACAAGAAGAACCGGAUCGUGCCGAGGCACAUCCAGCUGGCGGUGCGCAACGACGAGGAGCUGAGCAGGCUGCUCGGCGCCGUCACCAUCGCCGCCGGCGGCGUGCUGCCCAACAUCCACCAGACGCUGCUCCCCAAGAAGGGCGGCAAGGACAAGGCCGACAUCGGAUCCGCCUCCCAGGAGUUCUAGGAUCCCCUCUUGGGUCCGCUACUCGGAAUCAAGAACCUUGUUGCUCCCUGUUCUUUGAUCCGAUUCUUUUCCCCCUCCCAUCUUAGUAAUAUCCAUCCUUUGUAGGUUGUUAGGUUAGGUUUUGAUGAACGGUUGGAUGAUGGUGUGAUGGGUUUGGUGCUUGAGAAAUCUUGUUGGAAUGGAAUGGAAUAUAUGAAUGAAUGCUCGUUUCUACGCCCUGAUAGCUA